UUUCUUGAUGUAGAUCAGAAGACCAUGGCAAUUGUACUGAUGACCCUCAGUGUGGGUUUCAACAGCGGCGCCACCAUUGGCUCCUCUCUCAACUCCAUUGAUUUGUCACCCAAUCAUGCCAGCAUUCUCAUGGGCAUUAUAAAUACGGCUGCGAAUGCGGUGCCCAUUUUCACACCUAUAGUUGUGGGUCAGAUUGUCAGUGAUAAUGGCAAUCGCAAUCAGUGGCAAAUUGUGUUUAUUAUCUCCUCCGUGGUGUUCUUUGUGGGCAACUGCAUCUUCUUGGCCUUUGGUACUGCCGUUUCUCAACCCUGGGAUGCUGAAGAUUACUUGAUGCGUCCUCAACCCGGGCUGGCAUUGCCUUCAACAUCAAGUGAAAAGUCUAAAUCAAACGAGAACGAUCAGUAA